AUGUCACAGAACGGAUACGGACGAGGCGGUGCGAACCCAUAUGACCAGAGAGGGGGUCAAUCACCACAAUACCAACAACCUGCAUAUGGUGCUGCACCAUCGCCACAAUAUGGAAGCCAACAGUACGCUGCACCAGCAAUGGGAAGAGACGAAUAUGCUGGCCAAAAUGUUGAAAUGGAGCCUCUCGCACAGAAUGGCUCUCAGUUUGGGCGACAAGCAGACCCUAAUGCAAUUCUCAACUCCUGCCGCGACAUUGAUAGAGGCAUCCAAGAAGUCAAGUCUGCCAUCAACGCCCUUCGCGGCCCACAGCAACGAGCUUUGGACGAGCCAGGUGCGAAUUCGAGCAAGGAGCUGGACUAUGCAACGUCUGAGAUUAUGGCCAUGUUUCGUAACAUGACAGGCAAAGUAAAGGACAUUAAGCAAAAGCCGGAAUCAGGAUCUCCUAGAAACGCUCCCCAGGUUGGGAAAGUCGAUCGCGAUCUCAAGAGGACGAGAGAAGAUUACCUUCAGAUGGACGCUGAGUUCAACAGAAAAGUGAAAGACCAAGCAGCACGCCAAUACAGAAUCGUCCGACCAGAUGCCACUGAGCAAGAAGUUCGACAAGCUGUUGAGGAUCCAAACCAACAGAUGUUCUCACAAGCACUCAUGCAGAGCGAUCGCAGAGGUCAAUCCAGAGCUGUUCUUUCUGCCGUUCAGGACCGAAAUGCUGCCAUCAAGAAGAUCGAGAGCCAAAUGAUUGAACUCGCGGAGAUGUUCCAGGAUAUGGACAACUUGGUCGUUCAACAAGAGGCAGCAGUCGUCAACAUCGAGAUGAAAGGAGAGGAGGUUGUUGAUAACAUGGACAAAGGAAACGAGCAAAUCGGAACUGCCAUUCAAAGUGCCAGGAACACAAGGAAGUGGAAGUGGUGGUGCUUGGGUAUCUGUGUCCUUAUCAUCAUAAUCAUCGUCGUCGUGAUCCUCAUCUACAAGUUCGUCAUCCAAAACCCCGGUACCACUACCAACAACAACACAACCACAAAGCGAUUCACCCUUUCCGACAGCAUCCCCUUCGAGAAACUCACCAGUGUACACCGAGUCAUCUCAGGCCAGCCCUGGGCAAAUGGUGCAGUUGUAGCAGGAAAGCCUUUCACUCCUUCCGACGACGUCGUCACAAACCUGAAGAAAUUCCGCCGAUUCGCUGCAUGA